AGAGCACCUGGGUAAAUGACAGGCCUGCAAGAGCAAGCUGCACCUUUUGGACCUUCACACCCCUCCUGUCUGCCUCUCCCCUUUGUGUGCAGGUCUCUCUCCGGCCGCAUAGUCGGUGGUGUCUGGUGGUUCUUCACUUUGAUCAUCAUAUCCUCCUACACAGCUAACCUGGCUGCCUUCCUCACAGUGGAAAGGAUGGUUUCUCCCAUUGAGAGUGCAGAGGACUUGGCCAAGCAGACGGAAAUCGCCUAUGGGACCCUGGAAGCUGGCUCCACUAAAGAGUUUUUUAGGCGAUCCAAAAUAGCAGUGUUUGAGAAGAUGUGGACAUACAUGAAGUCAGCUGAACCCUCCGUUUUUGUGAGGACAACAGAAGAGGGGAUGAUCCGGGUGAGGAAGUCGAAAGGAAAGUAUGCCUACCUCUUGGAGUCCACCAUGAACGAGUACAUCGAGCAGCGGAAGCCCUGUGACACCAUGAAGGUGGGAGGUAACUUGGACUCCAAAGGCUAUGGCAUUGCAACGCCAAAGGGGUCUGCACUGAGAGGUCCCGUAAACCUAGCGGUUUUGAAACUCAGUGAGCAAGGCGUCUUAGACAAGCUGAAAAGCAAAUGGUGGUACGAUAAAGGGGAAUGUGGAAGCAAGGACUCCGGAAGUAAGGACAAGACGAGCGCUCUGAGUCUCAGCAAUGUGGCGGGGGUUUUCUAUAUCCUCAUCGGUGGGCUCGGACUAGCCAUGCUGGUUGCCUUAAUCGAGUUUUGUUACAAGUCCAGAAGUGAAUCAAAGCGGAUGAAGGGUUUUUGUUUAAUCCCACAGCAAUCAAUCAACGAAGCCAUACGGACAUCAACCCUUCCCAGGCCGGCUGCAGCAGGAGGCAGUGGAGAAAACGGACGUGUGGUCAGCCACGAUUUCCCUAAAUCCAUGCAGACGAUCCCGUGCAUGAGCCACAGCACUGGCAUGUCCCUGGGAGCCACGGGAUUAUAAUUGGCCUUUUGACCCAAUUGCCUGGGUGAGAGCAGGGACAGCCCAACUCCACCCCCUCCAGAGCCAAAAACAAACCCAAAACCAACAAGACAAAUGACGAUGACAGAAGGGACAAUUGGAUGGAUCUUCUCGAGGAAAUCAAAUCUAUUUCCCUUUUUCUUUUGCAAACAGAUCCACCGGCAGGAGAACAGAAACAGGUCUGUACUGCAAUAAGGAGAGCAUAAUGAGAUUUAACAGACUCGUGAACCAUCCCUGAUCAAAGAACCACUGGAACACUAAUGAGGACUAUGCCAUUUUGUUUUAACUUGGUUGUUAAUAAGUCUUAGUGUGUGCAAUAUAUACAUUUUUUCUUACUAAUUCCUGUGGUGUCAGGGUAACAUCAGUCCUUUCCCCUUUCCCUGCUCAGCCCUUUAAUCUGGUUUAGUUUGGGAUGCAAACCGUAACAUCUGAGCUACUAACAGCAAAAAGAAAUUCCGAUGAAUGACAAGUUGAACUCCCAGCAGGGUGUCAACAUCAACCCCUUUUGUCUAUCGUGAUUUCUGUUGUGAAAUGGGUGUGGAGUUAUUGCAACAAGGCAGACAGAGCUGCGAAUGGCUCUCCCUGCAACAGGAAGGACUCAACGCAAGAAGAAACUGAAAAAGAAUAUGAGGCUGUCUUACAGAAGCGAAGAUAUGAGUGAGUUUGGAAACCCCAGGUAACCUGAUGAUAAAGUGUUAAUUCUUCCAGAGAUGGUGAGUGGCAGUCCAAGAGAAGAAUUAUGUGCCUGGAGAGGAGAGCAUCAUGCAUGGCGUAUUAGAGCAGGUGGCUGGUCUAAGAUCAUGGUAGCUGCUGUUUAUGGAAGAGAGAAGAUAAAUGCAGUAUUCCCCUUACAUGCCACUCUCCUGCCUAGGAUACUGGGGGCUAAUAAGCAAUUGUGAACCCUUUCUUCAUUGCUUAGCUUCUGUGUAUGCUCCCUUUUUGGUGGUCACAUAAGGGAACCACCUUGAGCCGGGAAUAUCAUCUCAAGACAUCCAGUUCUAGAUGGCUGCCUAUUAACCAGUAAAACACACUAGAAGUCAUGGGGCUGCAAUGGGAAUAACCCAGCCUUUUUGCUCUGAAAUCCCUUUAUGGCCAUUUUUCUAAUGGAAAGGGACAUAUUUUAGACAGUUGGCCAGAAUGGCUUUCUGGAAGGAACUGUUGAAGCAAACAUAAAGGAGAUCCUAUAAGAGCUUCAUUCAAGCAUUCAUGACAUAUGAUUGCAUCAGAGCUGGUCAAACUCAACCUUCCUGUAAAGCUGUGGCCUGUUCUCUCGUUACAAUGCCAAACGUAGCAGAUCCCCACUCGUGUAUCCUUAGCGAGGGGAAAGCAUCCCCAAGCCAGAAAAGCAGAUUGCUGACACAAAACUCGGUAUUGCAGAAACCCAUGCUGAUGGACAGGCAGCUGGGAGCCCAGCUACAGGAAUCAAAGGGACAAGGAUGGUUUUCCAGAACCACACAAAAGAUUCAUUCUGUGAAUCUUUGGCAUGGACACUUCCCAUCCUGGUGGGUGUGAGAUGCUUCCCCAAAAGUGAAGAAUCACUACGGGAGUAUCUAGAGCACGAGAAGAUUUGCAGGGCAGGGACCACAGUGAAGCCACCCAGCCUUGUCCCAUCACCGAUGGCACAUAAAGUUCAAAACUUCUCUCACUCAGCAAAUAUCUGCCCGGGGACUGAGCUGCUAUCGGAGCAUUUUGAACUGCUUUUUUCUCUCUCUUUUUUUCUUUUUUUUUUCCCUUCCUGCAACGUAGCAAGUGAGGAGCAGAAAAGGAAGAGAUGCAACUGAAGACGAAGUUAUACAGGCAAAUGACUGGCACAAGUUUAUGAGGAGGAUUGGCCCAUACAGCUGUCCAUAGGGCUGGAAACUGCCUGAACACCGGUUUCCAUUAGUGUACUCUGUAGAGCAAUACGUUUACCACCUUUAACACCAGCCUGGUCCAAAGCAUCUGUUCCAUCUACCUGCUUGUCUUGCAACGCUUUGGACACCAGCAAGUCAAAGAAUCAAGGUCUGAAGCUCAGGCACAGCAUGUCUUGUGCCACUGUGUUUUCCUCUCUCUGCUGCUGGAAACCCUUGUGGUCUUCACCUCUCAUCACCAAACAUGAGUUCUGUCAUCAGCUCUCCAAACACCUCUACAAGUCACUCUGUGUUGAUUAUCACUAUUUUUAGCCCACUUUCCUUAACUUUAACUUCAGUUCUAUGUAAGCACUAACAUGGUCGGAGCAAUCCUUCACACUAGCCUGCUUCCAUGUACAAAGCUCUCGGAGUCAUUUGCUGUCUCAGAUCUUGCCACAUCCCAGAGAAGGCUGCCAAGCCCUUCAGUGCUCUGUCCUCCUCCGAAGACAUGAUCACCAUGGUGGCAGGUCACAGGGAGCCCAGCUGGGCACGCAGACAUCGAUGGCAUUGUGGGAAGCAGUGCACCUGUGCCAGGACUGACUACCUGUGACAUGAAGAUGUGGGAUGCGGUUUUCAAAGGCUUUUGAUCAGUGAUGGGGUUAAAAA